CAGUACCUCCAAUUCAGACAUCUUCAGAGAUAGGUGGAGAUCAAGGUUCUGGGCCCAUCAACUGGGAAGGAAAAAAAUCUCCCGGACAGCAUAUUGGACACAUGUGGUCAGCAGCAUGAAGUCCUGGGCACCCCUGUUCAUGACAUUCCUCUGUAUGGUGCUGCUGUCUGUGCAAGGAGAGAUGAGGCCAAAGCAGGAUGGAGGUGAACACCUAGUGGAGGAGUGCUGGGGAGAGCCAGAUGUCAAAGAUUGUACCAAGAAGUGCUCCAGGACCUUCAAAUGUGCUCACAAAAACCACACAUGCUGCUGGAGCUACUGUGGUAACAUCUGCUGGGCAAAUAAAAACCUUGGAAACCUGUAAGAAUCCAAACUUUCCACCAACCCACCACCUGUGUGAGCUGUUUAAGAGAGCUCAGAGCAGUAUUGUGUGGCUACUUGUGGAACUUCUGAACUAUUACUGAGAGUUGAGCAGGAG